AUGAGCACCCCCGAACCCACGCCGGCCCCGGCCCCGGCCGCCGGCAGCAACAACACCAUCACCACCCCCAAGCCUAAAGACCCCCACCCGCUCCUCGAGCUCCUCCCCAAACUCCCGCUCAUACUCCGGACCACCAUCCUCCACAUCCUCCGUCUAUCCGAGCAGUCCAAAUACCUAGACCUGCGCACCGAGCUCAUCAUCGCCGUCCUGCGCGCCUUCGUCAGCCCCUCCGUUCCCCGCAGCAUCUCAGAAACCCAACGGCUCACCAGCAAAGUGCCCUCCCUCAAAGGCCGCAUCUGGGUCAGCACCUACGCCUGUCCAGCCCCACCCCCCGGCGAAACAGGCCUGCAAGAUGCGAUCAGCGCCGCCAUCGACGGGCUGCGCGAUCCCAGGGUCCCCGUCCCGGUGUAUGACAUGCCACAGCCGGUGUCAGUCGAGGCCGAGUGGACGGGCUACCGCGCCAACGCGACGGCCGAGUCCCGGCUGCCGGAGGGACUCUCGCAGCAGGCGUUGUACGGGGAGAUGAUGAAGGAGGUGAAGACGCCGCUGACGGUGUUGUAUUUCCAUGGCGGGGCGUAUUACCUGCUAGAUCCGAAAACACACCGCGCGACGACCAAGAAACUGGCGAAGCUUACGGGGGGCAGGGUGUACUCGGUGCGGUACCGGCUUGCGCCGCAGAACCCUUUCCCUGCUGCGCUGAUGGACGCGUUGACUUCGUACCUGGCGCUGCUGUACCCGCCGGAGGGGGCAUUUCAUGAGCCGGUGCCGGCGGGGAAUAUCGUGUUUGCGGGGGAUAGUGCGGGGGGGAAUCUAGCGCUGGCUUUGCUCCAGUUGUUGAUGUUCCUCAACAGUGACUCUCAAAAGAAGAACAACAACACCAACAACAACACAAUAACCUGGCACAACCUCCCCCGCACCCUCCCCCUCCCCGCCGGCGUGGCCGUCAACUCCCCCUGGCUCGACAUCACCCACUCCUCGCCCUCCAGCACGACCAACGCCACGUUCGACUACCUGCCCACCCUCCCACAACAACUCGCCGCCGAAACUAAACGCCCCGCCUGCGCAGCCUGGCCCGCCCACCCGCCACGCAAACACGUCUUUGCAGCCGACAGCUUGCUCGGCCACCCGCUCGUGACGCUGGUGCUGGCGCGGUCGUGGCGCGGCGCGCCGCCGGUGUAUAUGUGCUCUGGGUGGGAGCUGUUGGCGGAUGAGGAUCGGUUUGUGGCGCAUAAGAUGUGGAGGGAGGGGGUGAAGGUGGUGUUUGAGGAGUUUGAGGCGAUGCCGCAUUGUUUUGGGUUGGUUUUUCCAAGGUUGAGGGAGGCGGGGAGGUGUUUGGAGGGGUGGGCGGGGUUUAUGAAGGGGGUUGUUGAGGAGGGGAAUGGGAAGGGGUCGAGUGAUAAUAAUGAUGAGGCGGGAGUGGAAAGUCGGUUUGUUACUGUGAAAGCGAGGACGUUGGAGGAGGUGGGGAAUGAGAUGGAGGGGUUGUGGAAGGAGGGGGAGGAGGUGGUGGAGGAGAGGGUGUGGAGGAAGGUUAGGGAGAGGGGGGUUGCUGAGGAGGGGCUUGCGAAGUUGUGA